GGCUGUACCUGCCAGGUGGUCACAUGACACACUCAGGUACAACUGCCUGCAUAGUAGGCUUUGGAAAGCCGUGCUGCCUGACACUCAGAUUGUCACACAAACAAAGCGAGCAUGGCUGAUCCGGGGGUCCCUCCAAUGCCAAGCCCUGCCGCCGUCUCCUACCCCGCUGCCUCCUACACCUUGCCCACCGGGGUAGAAGUCUUUAGGACCUACACAGGAGCCUUCAUCUGCCUGGAAAUAAUUUUUGGAGGCCUUACCUGGAUUCUGGUGGCAGCAUCUAAUGUGCCAGUGCCGAUUAUACAAGGAUGGGUCAUGUUUGUAUCGGUAACAGCAUUUUUCUUCUCUCUUGUCUACCUGUGUGUGUUCCUCUGUGGCCUGGUCAACAUGAUCCAAACCAACUGGAACUUUGUGGACCUCGCAUACCACUUUAUCACCUUUGUGUUCUACUUCGGAGCAUUCGUCCUGCAAGCAGCUGUGUCCGCUUUAGCCAAUCUAGAGAAAAAUACCAACAGCAGCUCCAUUCUGAGGCUCGAUAACCGCAAGAUUGGACUGAAUGUAGCAGCAACAAUUUUUGCCUUUGCUGCCAUGAUUUGCUAUGGUUGUAGCACGAUGCUGGGAUUCAGAAGGUGGAGGGGGCAGUAACCUGGAACAAGCCAAACCAGAUGGACCUGUUGGAAACUGAUACAAGUCAAUGAAUGAAAUAAAAAGCAAGAGAGCACGAUCACCUGAUAAACUGAAAGACAAUGGUCUGGGUUCCAGAAUGACCCGCAGAAGGAGCCUGACCUCGGUGCCGAGACAUUACAAGCUGAAUGGACUGGUUCCUAGCUAGGACUGUGGCCAAUGUGUGAAAAGUGUAAGGAGAGGAAAUCUGAGGUUUAGCACAUAACAAACUGUCAGCAUUCCAACUGCCAUUUUCCUAUGGAUAACACUUUCUUGUUUCCUUCCUUCCAGUUUUCAUAUACGAAGCCCCCUGUUCCCAAAGUGAAUAAUACAAAAAAUACUAAUAGAAAGGGAAAUGUAAUGGCUAUAUAUUUUAAUUUAAAAAAAUUUGCAUAUGGACUUUUUUUUUUUAGCUGAAAGUGCUAUUCAUGUAUGUAUUUGGGGAAUUUUUAUGUUAAACAAUAGGGGGCAAUAAUCUUUAAAAUAAAAAAAAACGAAAUAAAGCCCUUUGACUAAAUUA